AUGAAUGUGGCUUAUGCAAUACAAAUAUACACCUUAGAAUUUUUGAUUCCUUCACGAUAUUAUGGUGCCGUGACCAGGAUAAUAUCGCUACCAAAAGAUAGAUUAUCGUCCGAAGAACCAUUUACUAUAUCAGGCGUAGAUUUCAGUGGUGCGCUUAACAUCAAAGGAGACGAUGGACUACUUCGAAAAGUGUAUAUAUGUGUGUUUACAUGUGCCAAUACUCGAGCUUUUGAUCUUGAAAUAGUUCCAGAUAUGACUGAAAAAUCGUUCAUGCUAGCUUUUCGUAGAUUCAUAAGCAGACAAUCGAUACCAAGAGUUAUGAUAUCGGACAAUGCUACAACAUUUGUUGCCGCCGCGGAGGAAAUACAAAAGUUAACGGACUCUAAAUCUUUACAUGACAAAUUGUGCCAAUUUCGAACCACAUGGAAAUUCAUACCAAAACAUGCCCCAUGGUACGGCGGAUUUUGGGAAAGACUGGUUGGACUAACUAAAAAUUGUCUAAAAAAGAUUCUUGGACGCGCAUGUAUAGAUUUACCUCUGUUACAGACAUUAGUGGUGGAAAUUGAAGCUAACCUUAACAAUAGACCGCUUACCUAUAUAUCGUCGGACAUUGCCGAUCCAGAGCCGCUUACCCCGUCGCAUCUAUUGUAUGGAAGACAAAUAAAAAUUUUCCCGUAUCCGUUAUAUACAGAUGAAACAGACAGUUAUAGUGCCGAUUUAGCAACCAAUCACGAAACUAUGAAUGAUCAAGCGAAAAGGAGAUUCCGUCUUAUUGAACAAUUUUUAGCAAGAUGGAAACACGAGUAUUUGACCUCCUUGCGUGAAUUUCACCGAGUGUCUGGAAAUAACAAUCAAAGUGUAAAACAAGGAGAUGUAGUCCAAAUAUAUGAUGAUAAUUCUCCACGUACGACGUGGAAACUCGGUGUAAUUGAAGAACUUACCUACGGAAACGAUAACCUUGUGCGAUCUGCGACGAUCCGAACAUCUAACUCUAAACUUAAUAGACCGAUAGUAAAAUUAUAUCCUUUGGAGAUUUGUGAAUCCGACCCAAUUACUACACAGACGCAAAGAUAUCAGCGAAAUGCCAAGACAGAUGCCGUAGAGAAAAUCAGAGAGUGUUUAAAGUGA